CGGCAACGCCAAACCGCCCCGCAGACGUUGCUAUGGCCACCGCAAACAUUUCUGCGUGUCACGCAGCUGUCUGCGCAGAAUAUGCGAUAAAAAUAAACCCGCAUGUUUCAGACGUGCUGGAGAAGACGACAGACACGGAGUGUGUCACCUUGGAGCUGAGAGGAAACCACAGACUGAGGUGCGUUCAGCGGCUGGACGACCGAGACGUUCUCGCUCUCUCGAAAUGUUUGAGGAGCAGCACGUGUGUGACAGGUCUCGAUGUCAGCUACAAUAACAUAACAGAUGAAGGGGUUGGACACCUGGCUGACCUCUUACAGGAGGACAGCUCCGCUCUGACCUCCCUGGACCUGAUGUUCAACGACAUCCUGACAGACGGAGCUGAAGUUCUGGCCCAGAGCCUGCGGUGUAACAGCACCUUGCUCUCUCUCAGACUGUCGGGUAAUAAGAUCGGGAACAGAGGAGCCAUGCACCUGGCCAGCAUGCUGCAGGUGAACGACUCCCUGAAGGAGCUGGAGCUGGACGCCUGCGACCUGGCCACUCAGAGUGUGAUAGCGUUCGCCAUCGCCUUGAAAAGCAACCGGACUCUUCGCUCUGUGGACAUCAGCCGCCCUCUGCUCUUCAGCCACCAGGAGGAGUGGGCGGUGCACUUCUCCGAGAUGCUGCUGCUGAACAGCAGCCUGGUGGAGCUCCACCUGGGGAAGACGGGGAUGACCGACACCGGGAUGGAGAGGCUGACCGAAGGCCUGCGGCUCAACCGCAGCCUGCGCUACCUGGACCUGCGCUGUAACCGCGUGACUCGUGACGGCGUGCGUCACCUGGCCGAGACGCUGAAGCAGAACCCGACGCUGGAGGUCAUAGAUCUGUCGUCCAAUCGGAUUGAAGACGAAGGCGCCGUGCACCUGAGCGAGGCCGUCGCCUGGCCGGGCUGCGUCCUGAGAGAGCUGUCUGUCAGAAGUAACAACAUCAGGACAGACGGUCUGCUGUCUUUGGCUCAGGCCAUGACAGCGAACACGACUCUGAACCACAUCUACAUCUGGGGGAACCACCUGGAUGAGCCGGUCUGCCAGGCCUUCAGAGAUCUCAUCGCCAGCGGUCGCCUUCCCCCGGAGCAGACGGACGUGAGCGCGUACGAGGUGGACGGUCGCGUGUUUCUCGCCGAGGUCUUCCACACUUUGAGGCGACGCUAUCACAGCGACACCUCCGACACCGCGACAGACCACGCCGACAAUCCCGUCUCCGGCUCUCCGCCGCACGACGAGGAGAGUCCACGGCCUGUUCCUCUGCAGCCUCACACACACUGACACACACACACGUGAAAAAGAACAAAAUAAACGAUGCAAACAAGGAAAAGUGAAAUAAGACGUCUGAACAAUAAACUGACUGUGAGAUUG